UCAAGUCGAGACUUGAUCAAAACUAAAAGUCAACACCAUCAGGAUUCUUUCAGCGCACUUUUGCGAAUUUUAAGAAUUUGAAAGUUUCGUCUAUUUUUUCAAAUUACAAAGGAAAAUUAUUUUUAAAUGAAUCUAUAAAGUCAGCUGGCUUGUGUUCUCCCGACCCAACUGGUAUGUCUCCAAUCGGUGGUGGAUGGAAUUUAAAUUUCUAACUUGUUGAUUAGUUUGUACUUUCGAUCUGUAGUGAUAAACUUAUGUAGUCAAAGUCAAUAAUUGAAAUAAUUCAAGGCUUAUCUACCAAGUUCAGGUUCUUGGCUAAACAAUUCAGGAAAAUGGGAUCCUUUUAAGUUUAUUAUCACACGAGGACGACAACAAUUAUGUCUAACAAGACAUCGGACGAGGCGGCUAUGACGCCUUCGGAGAUUGAAAAAGAAAAGGAUAAUAUUACAGACGAUGAUGGAAUUGAAAAUUUUCUAAGCGAAGCCAUUGGCCAGGAUGUCGACGUUGACGUUUUUAAAGAUAUUGGCGAUUCUGACACAAUAGCUGAAUUAAUGGAAGUUGUGACGGCGUCUUUUGUUGGUACCAACUCGAGACGAAAUUCUAACCAAGAAGAGAAGAUAUUACCCGAGAUACCAAAGGAAGUAUCUCGUUCAUUAGUAUCUCCUAGACCAAUAAGAAGACCCGGAAAAAAAUUUCCAGCUCUACAACCUGAGGAAAAAAGAACCACAAAUAAAACAAAAAACAACCCACCAGGCAAAAAGAGGAUGAGCGAAAAGGAAGGCCCUGGCACAAGCGAUAAAAUAAAAAAUCGGCUAAAAGUUAGACUUAAAUUCUCUCCUCAUCAGCAACAUAACAUUGAUGUUUCUCCUAAAAAUAAAACUAUUAAAAACUCCAAUACAACAAAACCAAUCACAACGUCAAAACAUGAGUCUGUACCUAAAACGACACAGGACAAAAACAAUAUUUCAAGUCUAAACGUAAUUUUGAAAAAGCGACAAAGUAACGAGAACAUACUUCUUCACAAAAAAUGCACCAACAACAAAAGCAGGAGGAUGGUUGGAUCCAAACCUUGUUGUAUCAUUGUGUAUGAUAUAUUAAAAACCGACAAGUUCUUUGAAAUGGUUACUCCUAGUACACAGCAAAAGUCUUCUAGUACUAGCAUUAAUUUGUGCAGUAUUACAGAAGAUAAAAUUGAAGAAUUUCAUGCAAUUGAAGCCAAAAAAAGACUCUAUUAUCAUGAUUUAUUUAAUCCAUCAACAAAUACGACGACGGUCCUUUGUAAAGUUGGAGAAAAGAAGAAAUACGUCGUUCUCGUUGAGCCACAAAAAAUCAAUUUAAAAGAAACAUGCGACAAGAAAAAUUAUAAUGCACAUAAAUCCGGAAAAGAAACUGCAGACAAGAUAAAAACACCAUCGACUAAGAAGACUAGUGUAGAUGUUGUGACACGUGAUAAUCCUGUUAUUAAUUCCAAAUCAAGAGAAAUGAGAAAAGACAUUGUAACGACGCCAAAUGCACAACACGAAGAGUGUAAAGGUAAAAUAAAUGCAAUUAUUAAGACAUGUGAGCUGGAAAUCAAGCAAUUUUCAGUAAGUGCUUUACAAAAUGAACCUUGUAAUACAAACGACGAAGGCCUUGUGAAAACUCAGCCUCUUGUAGAUGCAAUCACCCCAAGUUCCUCCAAAAUAAUUAAAGAUGAGGCAAGUAUAACGAAAAGUAAAACUAAAGAUGUAAAACAUGAUGACGAGGAAAAAGGAAAACCACUAAUCACACCAAGUCCAAACUCUUCUAAAGAAACUUUGACCGUGGGCAAUAAUUCUACUAGUACUACAAAUAUUGCCAGCACUGACGUUGACGUAAAGAAGCAGAAAAUAAACAUGUUGAAACAACAAACUUCUACCCCUGAUACAUAUGUUGACGAUGCGGAUGAUCAACAGCGAAGACGGCGACGCCAAAGAGAAAAGGAUGAAACAAAAAGAGAAAAAGAUAAGAAGUUUGAACGACUGGAAAAUGAGAGGCAAAGAAAAUCGUCUGAUACUAAGAAAUCUAUAGUCACUGAUAGAGAAACGACAACAUCGAAACUCUUACAGACUUGUUAUUCCCCUACAAAAGGUUUAUCAAUGCCUCAGUCCUUUCGAAUUCCCAAGGCUCAAGGUGACUACCCGAAAAUACCAAAAUUGCAACAAAUUUCUACACUUCUCCCGAAAUUAGAUGAAAAUGAAAUUCCUAAACCAAAAGUUGAUGCCACGAAAGAGGAGGAUAAGAAACAAACUUCUGCGACGACGAGUGCCAUUAUUAAAUUUGAGCCUGACCAAUCAGCAGCAGACGAGCCAAAAUCCCAGGUCGAUGGUGGCCAUGAUGAGUCCUCCAUAUCAGUCCGUUCCCGUAUUAUCGAUGAAAGCGAAAGUCUUCUGCCUAAACUGCAAUGUAUCAGUGACGAAAAUAAGAAACAAGCUUCUACGACUCCUGUUUCUACGAAACCUAAGCAUGACGAACCAUCAGAAAAACCAAAGUCCCAGGUUGAUGACUCUACAAACCAUCAAAUUAAGCAUGAAAAACAAGCUCUAGCCUAUAGUAAUUAUGAUAAAAUAAAUACGUCGCAACAAUCUCCUAAUCGUCAAGUACAACCAGAAUUUAAUUGCCCUGCUACUCCCGCUAUGCAAAAUGAUGCUGAUGAGGCUGUUGAUGAAUCGCAUGCUACUAUGCCAGAUCCAGAUGAUGCUGCUGACGAUUCCAGCGUACCAAAUGAUUGUGGAGCAACUUUACCCCCACUUUCAGAAAUAGUAGAAAUUGGGAACUUUGCCAAAGCUGUUACAGUAUUGAUUCAGAAAAAUUUUGAUAUAUCAGAGCCCACCUUUAAUAAUUUCACCAGUACAACUGAUGCUAUCACUGGAAAAUGUGCUUGGUGGUUUUCUAAAUGUGAUAAGGAGCCUCCAAAUUUGGAAGAUAUAAAAUUGCCCAGAUUAGACUCGGUGAAUUCUUCGUAUGGGAGCGAUGCUGGGAGCGAUGCAAGCUUCCUCGGAAAUGUUAGCGAUUCGGACAGGCAUGAUGACAAUUGUCAGGUUCAUGAAAUUUCCUCAACUAGUCAUAAACUAAUCCGUGGAUCGACUUCCUCGACUGUUGACCCUGACAAGGUUGACGAGUUUUGCGGACGGUCACUACUACAAGCUAAAAUUAGAACAUCUGCUGGCCAAAAUUUUCGAAACAUAUUUGAUCUUCGUUCUGGAUCUUCGUUUUCGUACGACAAGGAAAACUUCCAGGCCAAGUGCAACUUGUGUAAUCAACUUAUCGUAGGGAAACUAAAUUUAGCCACACACGUUCGUGGAGCAACCCACAAAGAAAAUCUUCGUAAACUUGAUUUGCACAUGGAGAAGUCUGAGAAAGCCGAAGACAAUUCUGUCACACAGACAUCGAAGACUAUGUCGAUCACGAAAACUGAAGAAAAGAAGACAAAAGAAUCAAAAUCGUCUCCUAAAAAAGAUUCCUCAAAUGAGAAGGAAAUACGACUUUCAAAUGAACGGGUUAAAGUAAAAAUUGAACCAUCUGGAAUGAAAAUGCAAUAUGGAACAACGUCCACAGGUUUGAGCGUUAAAAUUCCAGUGGAGGAUGAUGUAAGUAUUGUAAAAAGAUCAAGGUCUCCUUUGGAGGUAAUAUCUCGAUCAAAGAAGUCAAGAUCACGUUCUCCCAGAAGGCGAAGGACACGUUCUAGGUCCAGAUCUCCAGUCUCCAGAAUUCCUAGAUCUCCAACGGCAUUGAGACUGUCACGUAGAUCUCCAGAACAUUAUAGUAGAAGUAGAAGACACUCUCGGAGAUCACGGUCUAGGUCUAGGUCUAGGUCUCCAAGAUCUUCAAGAAGGAGGAGAACAGAUUCUGAUGAAUAUCGAAGUCGUAAAAAAUCACCUCCACGAAGGAGUCGAAGAAGGUCAAAGUCAAGGAGUCCUCCAUUGCCGAAGAAAGAUAACAGAGAGUUUCACGCUAAACUAGCUCUUACUGCCGAUGGAAAAUGGACUGAUGAGAUGGAGAAACAGUGGAAAUUAAUGGAGGCAGAAGAGGCCAUGUUUCGUGAACAAUUUAUCGAUCGUCGAAAAGAAUACGUUUCAGCCCCUGAGGAGCAUCCUCGUUAUGCAAAUGAGUGGACAGAGUUUUGGGAACGGAGAUAUCAGGAAGUUGAAAAAGAAGGGAAAGAUCCUGAUACAUACAAUUAUGUCGUCGAGUGGAAGGAUUUUUGGUCAAAGCGACUGAAUUUUUUACUUCAAGAAGAAGCGGAUGAAAAGAUUCGUGAAAUCAAGAGGAAGUACAAAAUGGACUUUGAAUCUUUGAAUUUACUCCGAAAGACUAUACAUCAAUCAACUCCUGUCCCUGUGAAUGCUAAUAAAAUUCUUGAAAAUCCCGAACGAGUCUACUUUGAACGAAACAAAGCUGACCAAAUUAUGAAUGGAUCCGCAUCUGCUACAGUAGAUCCCGCAAUAAUGAUCAUGCUGGGUAGUAACUCUAGCAAAGGAAAUGGUAGUAUUAUAGACAUAUCUGAUGAAGGAAUGUCGGCAAUUUCGAGCGGAAACGUAAUUCUCAAUGCAGAACAAAAUAAGGUCCCUGAAGCUGCUAAGCGUUCAAUUUCCGUUGAAGAUUUCAAGUCGACAUGGGAAGCGUACACUCGGCCUAAACCCGAUGGGAAUUAUUUAAGGAAUCCUUUAGGGACAAAUCUAACAGAUGGUUUACGCCAAGGCCAAGAUUCAGUUUUCAUUCCUGAAUUUAGCGUAAAAACGCCAUUUUCUCAACCAAGUAUAGCCCCAUCAGACGAUACUACUACUACGAGUAGUGAUGGUAGUUUAGAUUCUCUUGGAUUUGAUUUGGUUCAAGUUUUGAGGUUGAUGUGUAAAACUGAAGACCAGUUAAGUUUUCUAGCUCCUAAAGUGUUGGAAUAUUUUAAAAUUGCGGAAGAAUUAGAACUGAAAAAGAGCAAAGGAUCACAUAUUUUGUUGGGCAAUGAAGAGCUCGUGACUAUUUUAUUUCAAGCAAGAGACCGCUUUAUGACUAUGAUUCGCUCAAAUGUGCUAGGAAGGGAUAUUUUACAAAAAUUAAAUUUAACGGUAUAUGGACUCAAUUCAAUCCUUGAGAUCCCUCAAUGCCAGAAAUUUCGGCCCGCUCCAGUUCCAGUUGCAACUAGUCUAUCACCUGAAACAUUUACAACGCCAACUAUUUUAAAAACCAAGACUUUGUCGAAACCAGAUUCGCCAGCAGCUGUGGAGACUGUAAAAUCUGAUUCCCCCAAGGUUCCAGCAAUGUCGGCUGCUGGAAUAGAGGUUGCCACCGUAGCAGCUCAUCUUUCCCCUAGAGUGAAAUCUUUUCUAGCAGGAGAAAUUUCAAAGUACCUUCUCCUUGUCGGAGGUCAAAGUAUGUCAGGCCCUGAACUGGCAGAAUUUGUAUUAAAGUUAAUUUCUCCAUUAAUUAAAAAAACCAACAAGCCAAUGAUGGAAAACAAAGCUGAUUCGUCGUCGUCCGAGAAGCGGCCAGAAAGGAAAGAACAAGAUCCAUUCGACAUAAAUAUCUCACAAAAUUCUCAAGCGACAAUUCUUGGGCACGAUUACACUCAUUCUUUUGAUAUGAGGAUCACGGGCGUUAGUGGAAGUAAGGCGGUGGGAAGUGCUCUACCAACGCUGCCAAAUAUGUUUUACAGAUCGGCGAAUGUGGAAUCACAAGAGGAACCAAUGAUUGACGUCAGAAAUCGACGAAAUGCUACUCCUGCAACCAACAAUGAUCAGCCACCAUCUAAAUCACAAACACGGGAGGAUGACGGGAGGCAAUCCCCAUUUUCUAGACGAGAAUUGUCCAUGAACCCAGACAGAGAUGUAGUUAGAUAUUAGUCACAUUUUUAUUACUUGGACUUGCAUGUGUAUCAUGUCUAUGUGUUAUUUUUGCAACUGUCGUGUACGAAAAUUAAUUUCUUAUGAAUCUUUAUUCACCAGCCAAUUCCUCUAAUAUCCAAUAGUUUUUUUGUGAUGCUAGUUUUAUUAUUUAAUGAAUAUUAGUUAUUACAAUAAUAAAUAUAUCGUUAAAAAACCAAAAUUGCUGCUGCUUGUGCAUCAUUUCUGCAUUAAUCAUUAGGAAUCUAAAAUUAUUUAUCUAGAUCAAUUCACUUACUUACACGAUGUACAAAACUUUCUUUUACUUGUAGGAAGUGGUUGAAUGCGAGGACCAACGACUGUGAGGUAAGUUUUACUGGUGAAUGAAUGAUGAUUUAAUUACUUGAUUUGAUUGCAAAUUAUAAUUUUAAUUGUGUAUUGAAAAAAAUUGCAAUAAUUAUCACAACUAAGUUUUCUUAAUAAACGAUUUUUAAUCAAC